AUGUUUUUUUGUCCAAAGGAAUUUACAAUCGAACAGUGUUUUGUUGGGAAGAGGCAUCUUGAAGAAGCCAUCAAAUCGUUCACAGAUGUAAAGUUUGUGGUAAACUGGAAGCCUUUCUUCCUGAAUCCAAGUCUCCCUGAUGAUGGUGUUCCAUUACUGGACUACCUGGCCGGCAAGUAUGGCGCAGAGGCUGCCGAAGCUGCUCUCUCUAGUGCCGGAGAUUCUUGCCGAAAAGUGGGCAUCAAAUUUAACCCAAGCCCCCUCAUGGUGAAAACAAUCAAGGCCCAUUGUCUGAUCGACUACGCCACCACCCAAAACAAACAGGAAGCUGUGGCUGAAAGCCUCUUCCAUCAUUUCUUCGAGCUGGCACACAACAUCAGCUGUGAAGACGUUCUUCAGCAGGUCGCAUCUGAGUCAGACUUAGACACAUCUGCGGCCAUAAUGCACAUUCAAGAUCAGGGCGUGGCUGCUAGGGUCAUGGGGGAGGGGUUAGAGGCAAGGAAAACGGGGAUCAGUAGUGUUCCUUUUUAUAGUAUUGUGGCUAAAGGGUGUGUCACUCCAGUUGCCUUAUCAGGGGUCCAAUCUUCAGAUACUUUUAAGGAGAUCUUUACUAAAAUGCUGGACCAGCAUAUUUAGCGUUAGAAAUUGCAACUAAAAUAUUCAUUUGGCAUGAGGGCCAUUCCUUUUCCCACCCAGCUCCCCCUAUCCCUUAAAACUAUUAAUGGCUGGUUCUUCCGACGACGUAAGCAUAAGCGGAGACGGAAACUAUUGGACCGUUAAGGCUGGUUCUCACGAGAGACGUAAGCGUAAGAGUCUUACGUCGCGAGAGAACCUGCUCGAAGUAAGCGCAAGGUUUUACGCAUGCUCAGUUCGUAGUCUAGUGCCCAUACCUCCUCGACGAGCCAAAGCUGGAUGGGUUAAUUUAUGCUUAUGUUCCGCUUAUGCUUACGUUGAUCCGGUUUUAAGCGACGUAAGCGUAUCAUAGACGUAAUCAAAACUUCCAGUUCGUCUUGCGCUUAUGCUUGCGCUUACGUCGAGCCGGUUCUAGCGCGACAUAAGACUCUUACGCUUACGGUCCAAUAGCCACUCAAAUACGGCGAAAAUGUCUGCGCUAAAAGACUAGAUUGAACAUAAUAAGACACGAUUCAAUUUUGCAUACAGUAUGUUGACAUCCAGGUCCAUUAAUAGAUGUGUCACAGGCCAGGGGGAAACCUCAGAAGAAUCCCCCCUUCCCCCCCCCCCCCCCUUCCUUCCCGAACUGGAAGGUCUGCUCUAAUAAAGAAAAGUUGAGUACCACUGCGAGCUAGGAGGAGCUACAUAAAAGAAAAUAGUCCGCUAAAUGGAUAAAAGUCUUAUUUUUCUGUGAUGAUGGCUUUUGACUAAAUAUUUACCAGGUCGUACGCCUGAUGAAACCAGAAAACGUAACGAUUGAGCCCUGAGAUAGCAAAUAUCUUGUACGGUUAGUUUGCUAUCCUGGGUAAAUAAAGUCCAUUGUAUUGCA